UUUGCAUUGGAUAGCCAAUUCUCAACGGCAGACAUGGCGGAAUCGAGCACAAGUCCCGCCGUGGAACAGGCGAUGGACAACAGCAUCGCAAAACGCGUUCUGCGAAAGAUCGACAGACGAUUAGUUCCGCUCAUGUUUAUUACUUAUAUGUUGAACUUUAUGGACAAAACAAUCUUGUCCAGCGCGUCCGUGUUUGGGCUUAAAGAUGACACAGGAUUGGUUGGCCAGCAAUAUAGCUGGGUUUCGUCCGUUUUCUACUUUGGUUAUUUGGGCUGGUCCUAUCCAACGACUUUUUUGAUUGCCCGCCUGCCAACUGGUAAAUACUUGACAGUCAACACUCUUCUUUGGGGAGCAGUGGUGGCUCUCACAGCGGCAUGCAGCAACUUUGGGGGUCUCAUCACUGUUCGAUUUUUGCUGGGCAUUGCGGAGGCGACGACUACGCCCGCUUUCAUGUUUAUUACAUCCACAUGGUACACUCGUGAUGAGAUUCCUACCAGAACAGGGAUAUGGUUUGCUGGAAAUAGCAUGGGCGGCAUAGUCUCGAGUCUUCUCGCUUACGGACUAGGACAUAUCAACGAUAGCGUUGGUCCAUGGAGAUGGAUGUUUAUUGUGCUUGGUCUGUUGACAUUCCUAUGGGGCUUCGUGGUGUGGUUCCUACUCCCAGACUCUAUUUCAAAGGCCAAAUUUCUUUCUGAAGAAGAACGUAAACUUGCGACCAAUAGGGUGCUGGUCGCUGGAACAGGAACUACAGAAGAGACAGUCUGGAAGUGGGACCAGGUUGUCGAGUGCCUUGUGGACCCAAAAACGUGGCUUAUCUUCGGUCUGGAACUCUUGACUCAGAUUCCCAAUGGAGGCACCCAGAAUUUUUCGAAUCUUGUCAUCGUAUCCUUCGGCUUCACGAGCCUUCAGUCUACUCUGAUAAACAUUCCAUACUCGCUAAUUACAGUUGCUACCAUCAUGGGCACAGGCUGGCUUGCGGGUCGGUUCCGCCAACUCAACUGCCUCUUAAUAAUCGCCGUCGUUAUUCCCUGCGUUAUCGGCAGUGCAAUCAUUUACUCCCGUGCUCAUGUUGUUCUAGGCGUUCAACUCUUCGGAUAUUUCUUGCUUUCUACUGGGUCUGCAGCAAUGCCUCUUGCCAUGUCGCUUGUGCAGGCCAACUACCGCGGUGUUACCAAAAAGAUGACAGUGACGGCUCUACUUUUCAUGGCAUAUUGCGCUGGAAAUAUUUCGGGCCCCCAAUUCUUCCUUACUAGCGAGGCACCCACAUAUGGAACCGCAUUCCGCACUAUCAUGAUUUGUUACGCUCUCACCAUCGUACUCGCAUUAUGUUUGCGGUUCUACCUGCAAUGGAUGAACGCAAAACGUGUGCGCUUAGAAGGGUUCCAAGGAAGCGCUGGAAAUGCGGGUGCUGUUGGUGGUGGGAAGUUGCUAGACGGAGACAAUCAUUCGCAAAAUGUGGGCGACAUGGUGAAUCAGGUGCAGCUGGUCUCUGACGAUUAUGAGGAUAUCACGGACUGGAAGACGCCAGGUUUCAGAUACCGAUAUUAG